AUGGAGGGCAAAGGCUUGGGAGCCAAGAAGGGUCCGGGAGGGAAGCUCGGCGGCUCCGUCCGAAGGAUGAGCAGCUCCUUCCAACGCACUUCGCUGAAGGGUUCCAUAUCGGGAUCCCAGAAGGGUCAAAAAGCUUGGAUAGAGAAGACUUUUUUCAAGAGAGAAUGCAGCCGCAUAAUUGUCAACAGCAAAGAUGCUACCAGGUGCUGCUGUGGUCAACUCCUUCUUCAACACAUCCCCAUUCCGGUCGAAACCGCAAACAAGGAUGGAGAAGACCCAACAAAGCAGUUAGAGGCUCAGCCAGAAAAAUGGUCCAUCAGUAAACACACCCAAGCCCUCCCCACUGAUGCCUUUGGGAACCUCGAGUUCCAAGGUGGAGGUCAUAUCAAUAAGUCCAUGUACAUCCGAGUGUCCUAUGACACCAAGCCAGAUUUGCUGCUCCAACUCAUGGUGAGGGACUGGCAACUAGAACUCCCCAAGCUCUUAAUAUCCGUCCAUGGAGGCCUCCAGAACUUUGAGCUACAGCCCAAACUUAAACAAGUGUUUGGGAAGGGCCUCAUCAAGGCUGCCAUGACCACCGGGGCCUGGAUUUUCACAGGAGGAGUCAGUACAGGAAUCAUUCGCCAUGUUGGAGAUGCCCUGAAAGACCACUCUUCCAAGUCCAGAGGACGCAUCUUUGCUGUUGGCAUUGCCCCGUGGGGCAUUGUGGAAAACAAGGAAGAUCUACUUGGGAAAGAUGUGACGAAGCUUUAUCAGACGAUGUCAAACCCACUCAGCAAACUUUGCGUGCUGAACAGCUCCCAUACGCACUUCAUCCUCGCCGACAAUGGCACCCUGGGCAAAUAUGGGGCAGAGGUGAAACUGAGGCGCCAACUGGAAAAGCACAUUUCUCUGCAGAAAAUCAACACCCGCCUGGGUCAAGGAGUCCCUGUGGUAGGGUUGAUAGUUGAAGGUGGCCCCAACGUGAUCUCCAUUGUCUUGGAAUACCUGUGUGAAGAGCCCCCACUUCCCGUGGUCAUCUGUGACGGCAGUGGAAGAGCAUCAGACAUCAUAUCAUUUGCACACAAGUAUUCAGAAGAAGGCGGCAUAAUAAAUGAAUCUCUUCGGGACCAACUGCUGGUGACCAUUCAGAAAACGUUCAACUACAGUCGGAAUCAAGCCCACCAGCUCUUUGUGAUCCUCAUGGAAUGUAUGAAGAAGAAAGAACUUAUCACAGUGUUCCGGAUGGGAUCUGAAGGACAGCAAGAUAUUGAGAUGUCCAUCCUAACGGCUUUACUUAAAGGUACCAACGUCUCUGCACCCGAUCAGCUGAGCUUAGCUUUGGCUUGGAACCGAGUCGAUAUCGCCCGCAGCCAGAUCUUUGUCUUUGGGCACCAGUGGCCGCCCCUGGGACGUCUGGCCCCGGCCGAUGGGGCACUUCAAGAAAAGGAGAAGAAAUCUCCGGCCCCUCAAGCGAAAGGAGGAAGAGGGAAAGGGAAAGGGAAAAAGAAAGGUGGAAAGCAGAAAGAGGAACCGGAAGAAGAGCUGGAUCCAAGGAAACUUGAACUCUUGAACUGGGUAAACGCCCUGGAGCAAUCAAUGUUGGAUGCCCUUGUCUUGGACCGAGUGGACUUUGUGAAGCUUUUGAUUGAGAAUGGGGUUAACAUGCAGAGAUUCCUCACCAUCCCACGGCUGGAAGAGCUUUACAACACUAGACUUGGCCCACCAAACAAUUUGCAUGUGAUUGUGAGAGACGUGAAAAAGGGAAAUCUACCCCCUGAUUAUCAUAUCAGCCUCAUCGACAUUGGUUUGGUGCUAGAAUAUCUCAUGGGUGGGGCGUAUCGCUGCAACUAUACACGGAAGAGUUUCCGGACCCUCUACAACAAUCUCUUUGGACCUAAACGGCCUAAAGCACUUAAACUUCUAGGCAUGGAGGAUGAUGAGCCCCCCACCAAAGGGAAGAAAAAGAAGAAGAAGAAGAAGGAAGAGGACAUUGACAUUGAUGUGGAUGAUCCAGAAGUCAGCCGCUUCCAAUAUCCAUUCCAUGAGCUCAUGGUUUGGGCAGUGUUGAUGAAGAGACAAAAAAUGGCCCUCUUUCUGUGGCAACGUGGAGAAGAAGCCAUGGCCAAAGCUUUAGUGGCUUGUAAGCUCUACAAAGCCAUGGCCCACGAGUCUCUGGAGAGCGAGCUUGUGGACGAUAUCUCUCAAGAUCUGGACAACAACUCCAAGGAUUUUGGCCAGCUGGCUGUGGAGCUGCUGGAUCAGUCCUACAAGCAUGAUGAGCAGGUGGCCAUGAAACUCUUGACCUAUCAGUUGAAGAACUGGAGCAACUCUACUUGCCUGAAACUUGCGGUAGCAGCCAAACAUCGGGACUUCAUUGCACACACUUGCAGCCAGAUGCUAUUGACUGACAUGUGGAUGGGAAGGUUGCACAUGCGGAAAAACCCAGGUCUUCAGGUCAUCAUGGGGAUCCUCAUCCCUCCCACCAUCCUCUUCCUGGAAUUCCGGACCAAUGACGAGUAUCAAACAUCCAGUGAAAAAGAAGUUGGGAAAGAAAAGGAGGAAGAGAAUGCGGAUGCCAAUGCUGAUGCUGGAUCUCGAAAAGGAGAUGAAGAAGGUGGGAAGACUAAGCAGAAGGGCCUUCCCAUCGGAACCAAGAUCUGUGAAUUCUACAACGCACCAAUUGUGAAGUUCUGGUUUUACACGAUAUCCUACCUGGGCUACUUAAUGCUGUUCAAUUACAUCAUCCUGGUUCGGAUGGAACGGUGGCCCUCAGUCCAAGAAUGGGUGGUCAUCUCCUACAUCUUGACUCUGGCUUUAGAGAAAGUCAGGGAGAUUUUGAUGUCAGAACCAGGGAAACUAAGUCAGAAAAUCAAAGUGUGGCUGCAAGAAUAUUGGAACAUUACUGAUUUGGUGGCCAUUUCUGUGUUUCUGAUUGGAGCUAUUCUUCGCUUGCAAAACCCACCUUACAUGAGUUAUGGAAGAGUGAUCUAUUGUGUGGACAUCAUUUUCUGGUACAUCCGUGUCCUGGACAUCUUUGGUGUGAACAAAUACCUGGGACCCUACGUCAUGAUGAUUGGGAAGAUGAUGAUUGACAUGCUGUAUUUUGUGGUCAUUAUGUUGGUGGUUCUGAUGAGUUUCGGGGUGGCUCGCCAAGCCAUCCUCCACCCCGAUGAAGAACCCACCUGGAGAUUGGCCCGUAACAUCUUCUACAUGCCCUACUGGAUGAUCUAUGGAGAGGUUUUUGCUGAUCAGAUAGACCUCUACGCCAUGGAGAUCAAUCCUCCUUGUGGAGAUAACCUUUUUGAUGAGGAUGGCAAACGGCUCCCCCCUUGUAUCCCCGGUGCUUGGCUGACUCCUGCCAUCAUGGCUUGCUACCUGCUGGUUGCCAACAUUCUCCUGGUCAACCUGUUGAUUGCUGUCUUUAACAACACUUUCUUUGAAGUGAAAUCCAUCUCCAACCAAGUCUGGAAAUUCCAGCGGUAUCAGCUGAUCAUGACUUUCCAUGACAGGCCCGUCCUCCCACCGCCCAUGAUCAUCUUCAGCCACCUGUACAUCCUCAUUAUACGUGUUUGCUGCCGCUGGAAGAAGCACAAAGAAGGGGACCAGGAUGAACGUGAUCGUGGGCUGAAACUGUUUCUAAGCGAUGAAGAGUUGAAAAAACUGUACGAAUUCGAGGAACAAUGUGUGGAGGAAUAUUUUCGAGAAAAAGAAGAUGAAGAGCAGUCCUCCAAUGACGAACGCAUCCGAGUUACUUCUGAAAGGGUUGAAAACAUGUCGAUGAGGUUAGAGGAAGUGAAUGAAAGGGAGCAUUUCAUGAAGGCUUCUCUCCAGACGGUGGAUCUUCGGCUUUGUCAGCUGGAAGACACUUCUUGCCGCAUGGCAGCUGCUCUGGAGAAACUGGCCGGCAUUGACACUUCAGAAUUGACUCUCCCACGUUCUAGGGCCUCCUCUGAAUGUGACACAGCUUAUCUUUUGAGGCAAAGCAGUGUGAACAGUUCGGAUGGUUACAGCAUCUAUCGCUACCAGACGGACGAGCUGAUCUGUGACACCUUGCCCACUCCGAUGUCUCCAGCGUUGCGUAAAGCCAACUCCAAGAUGCAGCUGGGCCCAGAACGUCAAGGGAGCCUCUGUUCUGUCUUGAGACCAAAUGAGGUGACCUCCAUGGAAACCAGUAAGAACACCUUAGAGGUCAUUCAGGCGGCCCCUGGCUCAUAUUCCGGUUCAGUAGACCCACAGGAUCAGUCCCCAGGUUAUGAGUCCAUAUCUCAAUCCAGUCAACCUGGAACCCAACCAGUUCUGCAGAAGGCCCAGCUACCUCUAGGGAAGACCAAAUUGGAAGCCACCAUCUCUUACCCCUUGGACAAGCCUAGAGCAAGGAGAUACUACCCGACGGAAACAGGCAACACUUCUCACGCCGCCAUAAUGAAGUCGAAGAGUUUUAUUUUUGCCCAAGGCCAAGAUUUGGUUGGCGGGCUUAACAACUGGACACUGGUGGACCAAGAAUAUAGGACUAUCAUGAACCAAGUGUGCCCUUCUGUGGUUCAGCAGUGGAUGGCUGAAUGGAAGUAUGAACUUCAGCAAAAAAUGGACGAUGAGCCCCCUCCCGAAUAUCCAGGAAUUGUGCCUGAGCUGGAGAAUCAAGCAGAGCAGAAGUAUUUGUUGGCCAGCCCUGAAGAGAAUCGUGAGAUGGGCAAAGUUGAAGGUCUCAGUCCCUCCUCCGUGUCUUCACUGCUCAUUCCGAGGAGGGCAUCGUGCAACAGACCCUCGGUGAAGUCAGGAAGAACUGGUAGGUACCCACCUGGGCGGUCAAGGAGUUUGCACAGCCGUUCUCAGAGAACCAAGUCCAUUAAGGAGAGGCUAAAUAGGCCAGGCCAUGCCAGUAGCAUCAGCAGUUUGAUGACACCUUCUGGAUCUCCAACGGAGGAGCGGAAAAUGAAUCAAGAAAAACCCUCCACAGAAACUGAAUGCUAAACACGGCCUUUUUCAAUAAAUGAGCUGCAGGAGAUGAGGUUGGAUUGGCUUUGCUUGGCCUUGACAAGAAAAGACUGAUAGGAUAACACUUCUCAAUGGCCUGAAAGGCGGCCACACACAAGAAGACCAAAUCUGUUGUCUCAUUUUCUUGGGCAGCCUUUUCUCAAUCAUGGACAGAGGGAGGCAGAUUCCAACUGCAUAUUGAACAAAACCUCCUAAGGUGUGAGAACCAGUGACCAAGAGAAGAGGAGAAUCCACUUCAUUGGGGCUUCUCCAGGACAAGCUAGACAGCUGGACGGUUGGAGAGGUUUUCAUCUGGAUCCUGGACUGAACAGGGGAACCAAAGUGAGGGUUUCCAUCUCCUUUUGCAACCUGUGAAUGGAUAAACACAGCACAGAUAAAGAAAGAUAAACAGAAAUGGUGGAAUGACAGCUUAAUUGUGUCCCUCCCUCCCUUCCCUUCCCCAAAUAUUUGCAUACAGAGACACCUUCAAUGUCUGCCACCCCUUCCCCCAGUAUGAUCUCCUUUGAUAUCAGUGCAGAAAAUUUUCUGUUUUCUCUUUCCUCCUUCUGGCAUCCUGCUAUGAGGAUUGAAGCCAUGGGGAACCAGCUCUUCUUUCUUUUAUCACCCUGAAAUCUUUGCAGUAAGGAGCAUCUGAUAGCUCAGCUUCCUGUAGACAUGAUCCUAUGUUGCUGCUUCACGAUGCGUUGAAAAAUAAAGGAAAAAGAAAGGGCAGCUUUGCAGUCUUCUGGGCACAGGGUGCGAAGCAAAGAGAGGGCAUGUUUCCACCUAGCCUGAAGAGAAACCCAAAAGGUGCCAUUACGAGAUGUAAAGAGAUGAGGGGAGCUUGAAAUUCCAGGGUUGAGCCUAAUUCAUCAACCA